UUUUACAGGAGAAGUGAUGCACAGUGACGAUUAUUAUAGCACCUGAAAUACGAGUAUGAAUAUCCGUGCUAAAGUGUUAGGGAACAAUAAAUGUUAUUUAGGCCAGUAAUGUGAAGCAGAGCAAUGCUUUGAAGAAAGUGUUAGGGAACAAUAAAUGUUAUUUAGGCCAGUAAUGUGAAGCAGAGCAAUGCUUUGAAGAAACUGUGAUUCAGUGACUCAAUUUUUUAAGUUUCAUGUGGAAUUAAAGUAACUACUAGGGGUUAUAUUUGAAGAUGAGAGUUCGUUUCCUUCUUCCUUAACAAGAGGCAACAAAGCUCAACUCGUAAUGGCGGAUGUCGCCCUUCCCGAAGGAAUGGCUGAGGAGCGGCCUCCUUCGUCCUCAAGUUGUCGCUCGAGUUCCUCACGCAUCCCGCGCCUCAAUCGCUCCUUGUCCCUGAGAGGUCCCAGACCCUCGAUGAUGAGCGGAGGGCACCGCAGGACAGGCUCCGUGUCGGGGACUCCAGCCUUCGACAAGACACUGGCUCCAGACGCUGCCUCAACCAGCCGAGCUAUCGACCGUCCCGCGGCGCUCUUCAGGUCUGCCAGUUUCAUUAGCAGCCGAGGCAUCAACGGGCUCCUAUCUCCCUCUUCUCGCUCCUCCCUGUCCCCUCAUUCCCCUCAAUCAUUCCUCUCACUCCCCUACAACCCCCAACUGGUGGCACGCACACGAGGGGCAUCACGUCCCCUCUCGUUCCCUCUGACCCCCGAGCUCCCUCGUCGACGCUUCUCCUACAUCAGCCCCUACAGCCGCGGCUACAUCGCCGCCGAGCGACGUGCCAAGCAUUUUAGUCACAAACCUACCAAUGAAAAUUUUGAAAACUGCAUUCACCCGCCGCCACCACCUCCCGCGCCCAGCGACUCAACAGAACUGAGAGGUGAACUACCCGCUAGCGCCAGCUCCCCGCCAUCUCAUGUUGCCAGUGCGCCAGGAACUGUGAGCGCGGAAGGAAGUCAAGUGUCAUCGUGUGACGCGCUGAGCCGCAACGAGACCCCCCUCGACCUGGACGACUGCGAGUCCGUGAACAGCCUGGACUCCUGCUCGCUGGGGUCGUGCCUGAGCAGCUGUGAUGGUACCAACCCGCGCUGUGACCCCAGCACCGGCAGGAAGCUUGUGUCCGGCAUCGUCCACUGCGGCCACAACCACGACGGAGCACCGAGCUUCUACCUCACGCCUACACAGCGGGCCGCGAGAACCAUCCGGGCUCUCAGGAGUCGGCUGGGGGCGGCCGAGCGACAAGUCGCCGCCAAAGACGCGGAGAUCGCCGCCCUUAACCGACAACUGGUGCAGCUGCGGCUCAGUGGCAGCCAGAUUACUGACGACUCACGUCAAGCGUCAGUCACCGCUGCGUCAGUGGGAUCGUCAGGAGCCGCUGGUGCAGCGACAGCGACGUCAGGAGAUCAGCCAUGCGUCAGCCCCGCUGAUGACGCCAGCGAGCCUGAACUGCGCGCGCUGUGUCGUCAGCCGCAGCUGCCUGGAGGGACGGCAGUGCUGCCAUCCAGCGGGUCCCCAGGCUCCGUAUCCUUGGCGGACACUACGGAUUCCGCUGAACUUAACCGAUCGUUAGCGGACAGUGGACAUUACGACGACCUGACUUCCCCGGCCACCUCUGCGAGGGAUCCGUUUGAUAAUUCGAGCGUGACGACCUUGCAUGAGCUCAGCAAGACGUCACCUAUUAAAAAGUCUUCGACAAACCCAAAGUCUGACGUCAUCAACGACGAAUCAACGCCCAGAAGCGACGGCCACCGCGUCGGCUCCUUGACAAACUCCGGCGACGAGCGCGACGUUGGCGACAACGAAGUCAGCGACACCGACGAUGAAAUCGACGAUGACGAAGAAGUGGAAGACGAACUCGACGAAGAGGAAGAGGACGAUGAAGAAUGGAGAGCCAGGAUUGAAUCAGACGUGGAAAAGCGGCUUCGUGUUGAGCACGAGCGCGAGGUGGAGCGUCUCAAGCAGGACCACAUGGCCGAUUUCCAGGAGCUUAAGGAGCGCCACAAUGACAAGGUCGAGACGCUCCUCUGCAAGCUCAGCGACGCCAACCUCAGGUACUUUGAGCUGCGUCCCCAGCUGGACCUCUGCCAGGCGCGGGCGCAGCAGCUGGAGGGGGAGCUGGAGCGCGCUAAGGACGACCUGGCCGAGUCGGAGCGGCGGCACCAGAACACCUACCUGCAGAUGUUCCUCAAGGGACAGCAGGCGGCGCGACUCCAGCAUGAGAGCGAGUGCACGAGCAGCGGUUCGAGGGACUCAGGACCUCCUGAGGGCGUCGAGGGCACCGUCAAGGGCCUCAUGAGGGAGCUGGCGCAUGCGCAGGAUGAGCUACGCAAGCUUAAGGCACAGAAAGCAGAAGCGAGGAAGGUUAUCCCUACUGAAGAAGUUAUGGACGAGCCUCACGAUAACAGAGCCCUCCGUAACAACAUCGAUCCUUGCAACAACAUCGAUCCUCGAAACAACAUCGAUCCCCGCAACAACAUCGAUCCUGGUGUGACGUUGCAAUUUCUCAAGUCCGCUAUCUAUUACUUUUUAACUGAUAAAGACAAUGCCAAAGGUCACCUAAGGGCCAUCGUUAGCAUUCUUGGCUUCAAUGAGGCUGAGAAGUACGCGAUAGUUCAAAUGGUCAAAGUUUAGUGACGUCCUGCGAGUCGUUCACGUCGUCUCCUGGAAUUUCUCUUUGAACCUUAAAUUAUUAGUUAAUAUUAACUUUCCUCUUCUUUGAGUCUAGUUUAUUGCGUGUAAUCAGUGCGAGUUUUGUGCUUCUUGUAUACAACGGAAAUGUCUUUGGUAUUGGGUUUUGUUAUUAUUUUUUUAGAACGAAAAGAUAUUCUUUGUAGAUAGUUGACUGCAAACAGUUUUAUUUAGACUGUACAUAGCCUCCGAAAAGGUUUUCAAUUUUUUUUCUUGUAACCAAAUUCUGAAAGACGUAUCAGUUUCGCCACGGAUACAUUACAGUGGCAAUGCUGCGAUCGCAGCCUAACCAGCCAUGACAUACUUUUUGAGAUGAAUUAUUUCUUAGCUUUAACCUAUCGUAUAAUUUUUCUAACUUACAAUGGUGCAAUGCAAAUACUCGAGUUGUGCAACUGUAAGGUAUCCUCAACGAAAGGCAGCUCUACAGCGUAAUCAUUCACUCCUUAAUGUUAACCUCCUUGGCAUCUGUUCAUUUUUUAACGCUGAUAAUAAAACAGGCACGACGGUUAGGUUAGGUUAGGUUAGGCCAGAGCCCUUGUCUUUUCUGGCAGUUUGAAUUGGUCUACCCAGGAUGUAUAUUCCUGACUGUACUUAAUGUUAUAUCUAUCAUUCCAUCACCGCAUGUAGCUAUUCUUGAAUUAUUCUUGUGAUGCGAGAUGAUCUUUAUUGAAUUUUCGUUAACUUUUUCAUAUCACACUUUUCCUUCGAGGACUUGCAAUUUCAUGCAAUUUUCCUUCGUCCAAUUUGCACGAGGACUUCAGUGUUGACUUUAUAGUGAAUUCUAUCGUAAUUUUAUCCAAUUAAUGAGAAUAGUUUUACAGCGUUGUGCGUUGAGUUGUUACGUUUUUGUUUUCUCUGUUCCUAUUAGACAUGUAAUUGGAUACGCGUUAUUAUGGUUAUCUCUAUAGUCGUAAACUUUACAGAUCAUGGCAGGAGACCAAGAUUAUUAAUUAUUCUGCGACACGAAGAAGCUUGUGAACUUUACUCGCGUUUAUCAACGACGAGUGUUGCUCAUAUCGUGUCGCAGCAUUAUAAUGUGUCAAAAUUACAUAUAUCAUAAGCUUAUCUAUAGCCACUAUUUUUGAACUCGCUUCGCUCUCGACACUAACGGAGAACACAAAAUCAUAUCAGUGUCUGCCGCUUUGAAUGCUUCGAAGACGAUAUUUUUCUACGAUCGAUCAAUAAUUGCUAUGCCAAUAAUCGAGCUUGAGAAGAUCAUCUAAAUUUAAGGAUCUUUCAAAAUAUAAGCUCUUGUUCAACCUCUACAGCUUGCGAGGGAUCUUCACGCCAUCGCGACUAUUGGUUUUAAUUACAAACACAUUAUCAUGUUGUUCUAUGCACUGAAGUGUCCUGCUGGUACGAAACUUGCAGAAAUAUUGUCCGCUUGAAGCUUAAAAAAUUUGUUUGAAGGCGCAUAAAUUUCUUAUUUUAUAACGAUCACUAAUUGUGUAUUGUUUGCCAGUCCUAAACUUGAUCGGAUUCAUCUCCAAUUCCUUCCCACUUUUUUGAGUAAUUUUUUUCAUAUUAAAAUGUUCUGUUCUGAUGACUACAGGAAAAUCAACGUUUAACGUGAGUAAAAAAAGAUUUAUUUGUCGUCUCCUGGUCGGUUUGCGAGAUCAAGUUACAUUGAAAUAAUUCAUCUUAAAUUCUGUAUCUUUAUUCGUAAUCUGAUGGCUGAGUAUGAAGCAAUUGUUUUGCUUUUAUUGUAUGGGAAAAAGUUUGUGUGAAUUUAGUUUUUGAAGUAAAGAAUAUCACGUCUUGUAAUGGAAGACAUUGCGUUGCAAUUAUUGUUGUCGAACCGAUAAAAUUCAAGUCGACUACUUAAUUUCGUCGCAGGCCUAGAAACUUUCACCGCCAUGGCGUCCGUCCUUGUCACGAGUCGGUAACGAGGUCUCGUCACUUUGAAUUUUCCUAGAAUUGUUUGGUUUGAUUUAUAUUAUAAUUUCUCUAAAGAAUACAAUUAAAAUCUCAGUGUGUCAGUGGCACCGCAUACUUUUUUGCCAUUUUUGGGACUCGGGUAUUCUAUAUCUCAUUUGCUUCGAGAAACUUGACCUGCAAUGUGGUUCGUUUCGCUCAAUUUUGCGUUGUGUUGCCGAACAUUGCUCUCGAACAUGGAGCCGUAAAUGGCCAUCUUUUAAGACAGUUUCUCACUAGUCCGUGCAAAUAGCUCGUAGAUAAUUAGGUUCUAUGUUAACUAGUUACUAGCCUAACGUUUUCAUCUUAGAUGCCUUAGCUAAUCGAUCCUUGAAAUUGAAUUUAAACUUUGCGAUUCUUAUCGUAAUUAUUCUGCUCCGUCGUCCUGAUAAUUCCUGCGUUUUACUUAUGCAUUAUCCUCGUACAUGGUAUCCCUACUAGCUUGUUUCUACCAGAUCAGAAUUUUAUAUCGUUUCAGAAAAUUUUAUUUAUUAUUACCACGAAGCCUCCUGAGCGAAAGUGUAACCCGCUGAACCCUAUAGGAUCAUGAACGCGAUAGUCCACCAUUCCCCCAGAGAGAUCCCCGAGUUCUACAUACGAAUAAAAUUAUACUUACCAUAAACUUACAUGAAUUACAUAAUGAAUGUGUAUUAUUGAAAUCAUUGGAUGAAGUGAAUCGUAUGUCUUUUAUUGCGCCGUGAACUUGAUGUCCAUCCAAGCUUCAAAGGGUUUUUGCUCAAUGCUCGUCAAUAGCCGCCGUUCCAACGUUAAUGAUUGCUCUGCAUUUACACCUGGUAACUUCUAAAUAUUCUGUAGAGAUUUAUUAUUCCAACCUAUCUGAUCGCAUUCAACGUUCUUGUGUAUCGUUCAUGUCAAUAAUUGCUCCAAGUUACUUAUUUUUGAUAACGCUAAGCCUGUUUUGCUUCACUGUCGUUUGGCGACUUUGCAUUCCUUUAUCAUUUGCCUGUGGGGCUCCGAUGUGUUGCAACAAAUAAAAAAAACACACCUAGUUUCACAGAAUUCUUCCUGGUGACAACAGGGGAUUAAUAUUCCGGAUUUAUGAACAUGAAUUGAUUACUAGACUUUUGCUUUAUCUUUUCAGUCGUCUGUUUUUUUUUCAAACGUAGUUUCUACGAUAUUUUUCUUUUACUGCAUCCUACCAUUGCCCUCAAUUUUAUAAUAUAGCUUCGGGGGAACGUUGGAGUCAUACUUAUUUAACUAUUGGGAAUAUUUGCUAGAGUUCUUUAAUUAUGCAAAUACAUCUUUGUUUCAAUUCUCAGCCGAACUUAUCAAUGUUCGGGAACUCAGAGGCGUGAUUUGCUCAUGAAUUCAAAGGUUACAAAAUAGUACCAACGACAUCUUAAAUCCUGCAGCUAGCCCCAAUUCAAGUUUUAUUAUUAACUUUUAGACAGAAACAAAAUUUUGAAAAAAAAAAAUUUCCAAUCAAUCGUUAGAGCUUAAAAUCGUCGUAACGUUUUUAAGUAUAUGGCGUCCUCGUAGUUGAGUGUUCCAGGUAGUUGUGUAGUCGAUGGUUAGGUUCUGUGAUGUCGUUGUGAUGAUUAUCUGGUAGGAAACUCAUUAAAAAGAAUAAACUGUAGCAUUUCUCUUCUUUU